AUCCGUCAAACUAGCCCUAUAUGACUUUUUCAAAUUUGGAACAAAUAUUUUUGUGAUUUUGUUUGAUAACUUUUUUGUAACUCAUGGAGUCGGUGGAACGUAAUGGCGGCAAUCAUGAUGAUUUAAUUUUACAGCAGCAGCGUGAUAUUGAAAAGGAGAUCAGUGAAUCAACCCCUUUGGUCAGCGAACAACUGCCGUUGACUUGUUUGACUGCGGAAUAUAAUGGCGAUGCCGUAUUUACAGCCAAGAUCGAAGAUUUGGCUGGGAAAUAUAAAUUUAUGCGGCGAACACGUCCGGAUGGCAACUGCUUCUUUAGAGCGUUUGCCUACUCGUACUUGGAGUAUUUAAUUACGAAUAAACUUGCUUACGAUAAAUUCCGAGAAAUCGCAGAGGCCUCCAAGGAUAAACUAAUAGAACUCGGUUUUCCCAGCUUUACAUUAGAAGAUUUUCAUGGAACUUUUAUGGAUGUUAUAAAUAGAGUUAGUCCAGAUAACGCCGGAGGAUCUGAGAAGAUGCAGACUGAGCUGCAUAAUAUCUUCAACGAGCAGGGAUAUUCCGAUUAUGUGAUUGUUUAUCUGCGUUUGAUAACGUCGGGCAAACUGCAGGAGGAUGCCGACUUUUAUCAACACUUUAUCGAAGGUGAUCUAUCCAUUGAGGAGUUUCGCCAUCAAGAAGUCGAGCCAAUGUUCAAGGAAUCCGAUCACAUACACAUCAUAGCACUAUGUGCCGCCCUCGGGGUGGGCGUGCGCGUUGAAUACCUGGACAGGGCCGAAGGUGGCACUGUGAAGGCACAUGAUUUCCCUGAGGGAGCUCAGCCUAUGGUUUAUCUUAUCUAUAGACCCGGGCAUUAUGAUAUACUAUAUCCUAUCUGAAUAAGUUUAGCCAUAAAUUGCGUCCAACAUAGGCAUAUUAGUUGGCAUUAUAUUAUGAACCAAAUUACAUAUUCGUAGUUUUCAGAACGAUCAAAAACAAAAGAGAAAGAAACAUUGUUGGUAAUAAAG